AUGUCUGCUGCAACUCUCGCUCCCCCCUCUGCUGAUGGCAAGCAAGCCUCUGCAAAUGACAACAUUCGCCGUUUCACUGCUCCCUCCCGUCCGAGAUCUCCCCAAGCAGAGCACACUCUUUUCCACCCCAAAACUCGUGCUUUUGUCUAUGGACUGCAGCCCAAAGCAUGCCAGGGAAUGCUGGAUUUCGACUUUAUUUGCAAGCGUUCAACCCCCAGUGUAGCUGGUAUCAUCUACCCAUUCGGAGGACAAUUCGUUUCAAAGAUGUACUGGGGAACUUCUGAGACCCUUCUCCCCGUCUACCAGGCCGUGGACAAGGCUUGUGAAAAGCACCCCGAAGUUGACACUGUCGUGAACUUUGCCAGUUCUCGUUCAGUGUACAGCUCCACCUUGGAAUUGAUGGCGAAGCCACAAAUCAAGACCAUUGCCAUCAUUGCUGAGGGUGUUCCGGAGAGACGUGCCCGUGAGAUUAUGCACAUUGCCCAGCAAAAGGGGAUUACUAUCAUUGGACCUGCAACCGUUGGUGGUAUCAAGCCCGGUUCAUUCAAGAUUGGUAACACUGGUGGUAUGAUGGACAACAUUGUCGCAUCUAAACUCUACCGCCCCGGAUCUGUCGGAUACGUCUCCAAGUCUGGUGGUAUGUCCAACGAGCUGAACAACAUCAUUUCUACAACCACAAAUGGUGUCUACGAGGGUGUUGCCAUUGGAGGAGAUAGAUACCCAGGAACCACUUUCAUUGAGCACUUGUUGAGAUACGAAGCUGAUCCUCAGUGCAAAAUCCUUGUUCUUCUUGGUGAGGUCGGAGGUGUAGAAGAGUACCGUGUUAUCGAGGCUGUCAAGUCCGGUGCCAUCACCAAGCCCAUCGUUGCCUGGGCCAUCGGAACCUGUGCCUCUAUGUUCAAGACUGAGGUGCAGUUCGGACAUGCCGGUUCAUUUGCCAACUCACAGCUCGAGACCGCUGCCACCAAGAACGCUGCUAUGCGUGAAGCUGGUUUCCAUGUUCCCGAGACUUUCGAAGACUUCCCCCAGACUUUGAGGGAGGUUUACGAGGGACUCGUCGCUGCUGGAACCAUUGUUCCCCAGCCAGAGCCUAUCCCACCAAAGAUCCCCAUCGAUUACUCAUGGGCCCAGGAGCUCGGUCUUGUCCGUAAGCCAGCUGCCUUCAUCUCCACCAUCUCCGACGAUCGUGGUCAGGAGCUCUUGUACGCUGGUAUGCCCAUCUCAGAUGUCUUCAGGGAAGAGAUUGGUAUCGGAGGUGUUAUGUCUCUGCUGUGGUUCCGUCGCCGCCUGCCAGACUAUGCUUCUAAGUUCUUGGAGAUGGUUUUGAUGUUGACAGCUGAUCACGGUCCCGCCGUCUCUGGUGCCAUGAACACCAUCAUUACUACCAGAGCUGGAAAGGACUUGAUCUCCGCUUUGGUCUCUGGUCUGUUGACCAUCGGAGAGAGGUUCGGUGGUGCUCUUGAUGGAGCUGCCGCUGAAUUCACCGGCGCUUUCGACAAGGGCUUGAGCCCCAGAGACUUUGUUGACACCAUGAGGAAGCAGAACAAGCUCAUUCCUGGUAUCGGUCACAAGGUCAAGUCCCGAAACAACCCCGAUCUCCGUGUGGAGCUUGUUAAGGAGUUCGUCUUGAAGCGAUUCCCAUCACACAAGCUCUUGGACUACGCCCUUGCCGUCGAGUCCGUCACCACAAGCAAGAAGGACAACUUGAUUCUCAACGUCGACGGAUGUGUUGCUGUCUGCUUCGUUGAUCUCAUCCGAAACUGCGGUGCCUUCUCCGCAGAGGAGGCCGAAGACUACCUGAGAAUGGGUGUGCUCAACGGUCUCUUUGUCCUCGGACGUUCCAUUGGUUUGAUUGCCCAUUACCUUGACCAGAAGAGACUCAGGACCGGUCUCUACAGGCAUCCUUGGGAUGACAUUACCUACCUGCUCCCCAACCUCCAAGGAAACGCCCCCGGAAACGAGGGCAGAGUGGAGGUUACUCUUUAA